AUGGUACAGAAAAGUAGUAUGUCCAGGACGCCUUCCACCUCGACCCAGGAGAUCCAAAUGGACAUGUUCGACCAUCAUCCUCAAUCACAGGGCAAGUAUGCCAAGAGGAAGAGCCGCUUCAAGCGCUCAGAUGGAAGCACCUCGUCCGACACGACAUCCAACAGCUUCGUCCGACAGGGUUCGGCCGACUCCUACACCAGCCGGCCGUCGGACUCCGACGUGUCCCUGGAGGAGGAUCCCGAAGCCUUGAGGAAGGAGGCGGACAGGCAGGCCCUCGCCACGUUGGAAAAAGCAAAGACCAAACCUGUGGCGUUUGCGGUACGGACAAACGUGGGCUACAACCCGGGUCCCAGUGACGAUGUUCCUGUGCAGGGAAUGGCCAUAUCCUUUGAAGCCAAAGACUUCCUACACAUAAAAGAGAAAUACAACAACGACUGGUGGAUCGGGCGUCUGGUGAAGGAGGGCUGCGAGGUGGGCUUCAUCCCCAGCCCGGUCAAGCUGGAGAACACCCGGCUUCUACAAGAGCAGAGGAUGAGGCAGAAUCGACUUAGCUCCAGUAAAUCCGGGGGGAGCUCUAGCUUGGAUGUUGCCACAGGAACACGCAGGCCCACCCCACCCGGCACAGCGCACGUGGACGUGCCAACGGUGACCUAUGACGUUGACCCCUUGGAGCUGGAUGGCGAGGACCUCCCUGAUUCGCAGGGGGACCCUCACUCCCCCAAGGGCAUGUCCGGCAGCGUGACCUCACCUCAGGCCAACGCGCACCGGCUGCCCUUCUUUAAGAAGAUGGAGCACGUGCCUCCCUAUGACGUGGUUCCUUCCAUGAGACCUAUAAUCCUGGUUGGACCGUCGCUCAAAGGCUACGAGGUGACGGAUAUGAUGCAGAAGGCUCUCUUUGAUUUCCUGAAACACAAGUUCGAGGGAAGGAUAUCUAUCACGCGGGUCACGGCGGACAUCUCGCUGGCUAAGCGCUCGGUCCUCAAUAACCCCAGCAAACACACCAUCAUCGAGCGCUCUAGCACCCGCUCCAGCCUGGAUGUACUGGCUGAAGUUCAGAGCGAGAUCGAGCGCAUUUUCGAGCUGGCCCGCACGCUGCAGCUGGUGGCCCUGGACGCCGACACCAUCAACCACCCGUCUCAGCUGGCCAAGACCUCGCUGGCGCCCAUCAUCGUCUACAUCAAGAUAGCAUCACCUAAGGUUCUGCAGAGGCUCAUCAAAUCCAGGGGGAAAUCCCAAGCCAAACACCUCAACGUGCAGAUGGUGGCGGCCGACAAAUUGGCUCAGUGCCCCCCUGAACUGUUUGACAUCAUCUUGGACGAGAACCAGCUGGAGGACGCCUGCGAGCACCUGGCCGACUACCUGGAGGCUUACUGGAAGGCCACGCACCCGCCCAGCAGCAACCCACCCAACCCGCUGCUCAACCGCACCAUGGCCACGGCCGCGCUGGCCGCCUCGCCCGAGCCCGUCUCCAACCUGCAGGGGUCUAACCUGGCGCACGGAGAGCCCCCAAAGAGGGAGGGGACGGAGAGCGGAGGGAGCGAAUACCAGGGAGGAAGACAUCAGCAACAGCAUCAAGAACAGCAGCAACAGUCGUACCUGCGCUCCUCCCGCGGUCAACUGCGAGGGGGCGGGGGCCGCGGUCUAUCCCGACAAGACACCUUCGACUCAGAGACGCAGGGCAGCCGGGACUCGGCCUACACCGAGGCCGGAGACUCCUGCAUGGACAUUGAGACCGAUCCCUACGAGGAGCCGGAGCCUUACCGCGGCGGAGGAGGAGGGGGCAGCCGCCUACACUCGGCGCAGCACCACGGACGCCAGGCCUCCUGGGAGGACGAGGGAGCCGAGCCGGACCAGGAGAACCUGAACCAGCCGCCGGUGCCCGGUCAGGGGGGACGGCAUCACGGGCGAGCCAAGCUGAGAGAGCGCUACUGCCAGGAGCCGCUGGACACGGGGGCCCACAAGGGCCGUAACAAGAACCAGGAUGACUGGGGCAGGGACGUCUACAUCCGCUGA